CUAAAAAUAACUCCUGUUUCGCUCAAUUGGAUUACAGGAAUUUUCUAGAUCAUUCCACACAUUUCUCACCGUCCUCUUUCCUCCCUAUAUCUACUCUCCCUUUCUUUUCAUGUCUCUCUCUCUAUACAUCUAUCACAUAAUUUAUUAUCCAUCUUCGACCUACCCCUCUCUCUCUCUCUCUCGAAAUCCAUCAAAUCAGCGAUGUCGUCGCCCGAACCAGAGAUGUUUUCCGAAUCAUUGUCUUCUCUGGAAGAGACCGUCAGAGCGCGAUACCCAGAACUCUCAGAGUACGCCCCCUUAAUUCUAAUGUUCACUUUAUCAGCUCCGUCUCAGGAUGAUGACACAGAAUCAAGCGAAAUCCGGCGGAUGAUCGUGAUUAAUGAUCCGGCAUCGGAGUCGAUGAUCGUGAUUGAGGGUUCAGGACAUCUGGAAUCAUUUUUCCGACGACUCUCGAACAAAGACGGGCCUUUGCCGGCGUCGAAGGCGUCGAUAGAGGCGAUGCCGGCGGUGAAUAUCACGGAGGGAGAGGGAGGUUCACAGUGCGCGAUAUGUUUGGCGGAGUAUGAAGUCGGCGGAGAGGCGAAGGAGAUGCCUUGCAAGCACAGGUAUCAUUCGGGUUGUAUCGAGAAGUGGUUGGGGAUACACGGGUCGUGCCCGGUUUGCAGGUACAAGAUGCCUGUGGAGGAGGAGGAAGAUGACAGCGGGAAGGGAGGUGAUGGGGACGACGAAGGGAGGCGGAGGAGGAGGGGGGUUGACGGUGAAAUUAGGAUUGGGUUGUUUGUCGGUGGCGGUGAUGGGAGAACUUCUGGUACGGGUCCUGCUAAUGGGUCCGACAACGGUGAUGAUGGAUCAUCAACUCAGGAUUUGGAUAUUGACAAUCAUUGUUAGUAAUUUAUUUAUUCUUUUUUUAGUCAAAAUUCUGAUAGUUCAUAGGUUACUUUAUGGCUUGUACGAAAAAAGAAAAAAAGAAAAGAAAAAAAGCAGAAGAAGAAAAAAAGAGCUGUUUAAGUUUUAAUUUAGAGAAAUUAUCAUUUUUUAUUUCAUCAUAGCUCUCUGCCAAAUCUCUCAACUUGAAUUUUGCAGAAUUCAAUCAAUGUUGUCCAUUCUUAGUCA